AAAAGCAGACGAUCAGCUGGCUGUUGUCACGUGCAAUCGUGAAGUGUUAGGAAAAGACAGCAACAUAACCAGAAGCUUCAAAACAAUGAUGUGUCUGCAGUAGCGUGCAACUAAUAUACUGCCUCAGUUAAUUUCUUGUGGUAAAAAUCGAACACUUAUAUGUAAUUUGAACAUUCUCAGAGAAAAAUCAAGAUUCCUUAACAAGAUUAAACAAACCUGUCAUGCAGUGUAACCACUAUAAAAUGCAUCUCAAUGUCAAUAUCCAUGCUGAUAAAAAAUAUGAAGCUCAUCUUUUCAUUAUUCUGCUCAUGGUGAAAUGUUAAAACUGAAGUUCACAAUACUGCUAUUUCAUUGUUUAAUAUACAAAACAACUUUAUGUCAUUAAAACUGAAGGUAAACAUUAUGAACUUACAUUUGAUGCAGUUGGUACAAGAACAUGACAGAAUGUUUUAUUUCUGAACUGAUGACAAAAGAUAAUCUUGAUAUAGACAAUAAUAUUAUGGAUCCUUCACAGCAGAGUAUCUUUGUCAAAACCUCAACAGAUGAAAUGGUAUUAUCUUUUAACAUUCUUAAAGGCAUAGAUAGAAAUGACAAAAUUGAGCAAAAUAUGGUGUUACAACAUAACAUGACAGAAGAAAUUGAAAAUUUAUCCCAAAAAUUAAGUCAAACAUCAGUUGCUUUAGAUGAAGACGAUUUGUCUGGUAUAAAUGACAAACCAGUAGAGUCAUUAUCUGUUACAAAUGAAUGGUAUGAAUCCAGUCAAUCUGAAGUUAACUCACCAAGUCUGAAGACAAAUACAUGUUUUCAGAUUAGUCAAAAUGACGGAACAUCUUUUCCAAAACUAUCUUCACAUCCAACAUUCUCUGCUCCUCAUCCACUUUUGUUGCAUUCUGAACCCCAAAAGUCAGAAUGCCAAAUCCUUACAGUUAAUGGUGUUGAUACCAAACAUAGUGACAAUGACUUUAUUAAUGAGGAGGAAGCAAAAUGUGCUGUUAUUCAGAACACUUUAUUACACUGCACUUAUGAAAUAGUUAGGAAUGAAUUUAGUAAUUUGGUUGAAAGCCAUAAUGUUGAAGUAUUUAAAAACUUCCCAUGUGAUAAAGCAUCAGAUGACUUGGUACAAUUUGAUAAUGAUAAUUUUUCAGAAAAAAUUGAUAAGAACAAUUCUCAUGAAAAUUGUGCUGAAGAAUUUGCAGUCAACAUUACCAUUAAUGGUUCUGACAAUACAGAUGCCUAUGUUCAGGUAGAUGAUUUGCAGCUGCAGUUUUCUCAAUGUUCCGAACACAAUGAAGUAAAGAAAACUGAAGUUGACAGUACUGCUGCACCAUUAUAUAUACAGGAUUUUGUGCCAUUAGAAACUAAAAUGGUUGUUCAAGACUCAGCUGAUAUUCCUAAGGAAAACAUUUAUGACGGUGAAUCCACAUUUGUCAGAGUAGUUGAUGAAUGUCACAAGAAAAUUACAGAUUGUGUUAUUCCUGAAUCGUGUAGCUAUUCUGUGUUGAUUACAAAAAAUAAUGGUGACCAUGCAGAAAAUAUUAUGGUGCCUUUACAGCAGAGUACCCUCAUCAAAGCCUCAAUAGAUGAAACAGUGUCACUGUUUAAAAUUCAAGAUGUUGAUAAUCAUAAAUGGUCACGUAAAAUUGAAAAAGAUGAGAGAAAUAAGGUGUUAAAAAAUAAUGUAGAAAGUGAACAUUUAUCCCGGAAAUUAUGCCAAACCUUAUUUGCUCAAGAUAAAAAAAGUUUGUGUGAUAAAGAUGAAAAAAUUAUGAUGUCAUUACCUGUUUCAAAUGAAAGUCACAAACCUGAUCAAUCUGGAGUUAACCCACCAAGUCGCAAUACAAAUUCACAUUUUCAGUCCAGUCAAAAUGACAGAACUGGCCAAAGUAAAGCCUUGUUUUCAGAUCUAUCUCAGCCUGCACAUUCAGCAUUCUCUGUUGCUCAUCAGCACUUGUUAAAUUUUGAAUCCAAAAUGUCAGAAGUCCAAUGUAUGAUUGUAACUGGUGACGGUACUGAAUACAGAGACAAUGACACGAAUGAUAAUUGGACAAGGCAUGCUGUUAUUCAGGAUAUGUUUUUAAGUGAUGAACAGAAUAUUUAUAAUGUAACUAGUAAUGAGAUAUUUCAAAAAGAUUUAAAACAUGAAAACCUGUUCUAUGCUGUGGACAGUGAAAGCUCAGCUACAAAUGAUGUAACUACAAUGAAUAGUUUAGUUGGUUAUAAAACAUCAACAGAAUGUUCAGCAGUAGUCCAGACAAAUAAUAUACCUUUUGAUCACAAUCAAAAUAAUCGAUCCAAAUCACCAAAUGCACAAAAUAUAGACAUUUGCAGUUCAGGUGAUUUUCAGAUAGAAACAACAGUCUCGGAUACAUUAAAACAUAUUUUAAUUCAGUGUGACAAAAUAUUAAAUGGUUCUUUCAUGAACCAGGACAUGGAAAUUCAAAGCAAAAGUUCAGAAAACAUGUUUUCAUCGUUAGAAAAUCUCAGUGUUUUUUCAACAAAACAAAACAGAUUUUUAGUACCAAAAACGGAAUUAGCCCAUAAAUCACCAAAUGUUCUUUUUGUAGAACAUGAUGAUCUUAAGUCAACUAUUAUAAAAACAAAAGUGGAUGAAGAAUAUUCAAAUGAAUUGAAACAAAAUGAAGAAAUUGUUUUGCCCAGCAAGAACUCAAAUGACCCCAGUACCGCAACUAAUUUAGAGACACUAGUAGAUAAUUCACCUGACAUUAAUAUCUCCAUUUCUGGUGGAAAAGAACAAUUAGUCCUUGCACAAAAAUUAAGACCUGAAAUAGGCUGUCAAAAAUCCAACACUCUGUUGGUAAUGAAAGAUGCUGAAAGUGAAAUAGAAACAAGUGAAAUGGAAGAAAACCUUGUACCAUGUUUCAACUCUGUUUCUAAAGAUCAACUUGUACCAGAAGAGGAAGUCGGUAUAGAAAUGACAUCAGAUUGCACCUUUUAUGAAAAAGAUGGAUAUCAAUACAACUUGAAAGAUGUACCACUAAAGAACAGUAAGGAUUUCUCUACAACUCAGUGCUUUAAAUGGAGAUAUACGCCAUCACUUGGACUUAGCAGUGAUGUUCCAGAGGAACUGCCCAAGUUCGAAGGUUUUGCAGACAAUCUUAGAAAACUUCCUAUAUUAAGAACCUGCUCAAGACCCAUUCGUAUUGGAUUGUCACGAAAACAAAGGGCAGGAAGAUUGCAUUCUAUUCCUGGGAACAAAUAAUGGACCUAUAUUAGUACAACAAACUUAAAGUUGGACAAUUAUUGUUUAUUAACAUUUCAGGGAUUUAUCCAGGCAUUGUAGGCUAUGAUACCAAACAUCAGCCUCUUCCCAAAAGUAAAUGUCAUUGAAAGCUCUCAAUUUCUUGGCUGUAAAUUCCCAAUUUGGUUAAUAAAUAAUUUGGUAAUUAUGCCUAUUCAGAAACAACAAUUGGCAGCAGUUGUGAUAAUGCAACACGAUCUUAUAAAAUGUGAUCAAAACAUAUCUACACUUGCUGUUGUGGCAGGCCUUUGCACACAAUAUCUAAGAUUUGAUCAAAUUUUUCUUCUAUCCCGAGAAAUCGUAAUUUUCAAAGCAUAAACAACACUAGUUGUCAUCAAUAUAUCUACCAUAUAAGUACAUUGUUUGAGCCCGAUGGCCAGUGGGGACAAACAAUUAAAUCAACCCCCACUACUGGGUACAAGCACUACUGGGUACAAGCACUACUGACCACACCAAUUGUAUAAACAAAAAUAUCUACAAGUCAGAUCUUUCGAUUUUCUUCCACAAGCAACAGUUUGCUAAUGAAUAUUUGCCCACCAGUAAUUUAUGUCCCAUUCCUGUCAUAGACAUUUUCCUCUGAUCACUGGCACCCAAAGAGCUGUUACUGUAAGGCCCACAUUCCAUUAACGUGAUUUAUCAAUAUAGUGCAUUUAUAUAGUACCCUUUCCAUAUACCCGAUUCUGCGCAUAGGUAUUCAGCGCGCUGAAAAAAAGUUUAUGAGUGAUUUUUCCAUGCACAAGUUUUUCAGCACAGUGACGUCAUAACAUGAAAGAUUUACUUUUGGCUUAAAAUUCAGUCCGACAACGUAAAAUUUUGUAUAGUAAUCCGCUUUGAAAAACACGGAAAUGCACACAAUAAAAUAUGCACAGAAUCGCAUUAAUGGAAAGUGGGAAUAAUAAUACAAACAGUGACAAGUCUUUUUAUGGUUGUACAUCACCAUUUAUGUUUGCUAACCUUUAAAAGUCGUCCCCCUCCCCCAUCAUUACAUAAUUAAAAUUGCAAGAUUUGCAAGACAUUUUUUUCAAAUGCAUUAUAUGAUGAAAUUAAUAACAACUUUUAACAACAAUGCACCUACAUAAACAAAAUUGGAUCCUAUUUUAUUUCUCACUUUGUUACUCAUUUGUGAGUGGGAGUAUAAUACUAUAAGCCUUUUAACUGUGAUACAAUUUUUGCUAACAAAGGUUGUUUCUGAGGGUUUUCUUUAUCAUGGAUAUAAAUUGGAUAUUAAUGUAUUUUUAAUGUAUCUUUCUUUAUGGUAGGUACUUUUCACAUACCACUAAUAUUAUAUUUUCACACUAGAUUAAUAAUUUUCUUUUUAAUACAUGUAUAUGUGGGGGUUUGGCAUGUCAACAACACUGUUACACAAGUAGGGGAGACCGGGGCACAGUGGGACACUGGGUACAGUGGGACAUUGCUAAUUUAUUUAAUUUAUAUUAACCAAUCAAAUAUCUUGUUACAUAGUAGUAUGCAGCAUCACAUGUGUAAGCUUCCAUUGCAGAAUUUACCGAGUUCUGCUCAACAUAUGAACUUUUGUACAAACAUCAACGUUUUGACAGCAUGUAAGUAAAUUUUGAGAUUUGAUAUAUUUUCAUUCUUAUUUAUUAAUGUUUUCUCUACUGUUAUAAAUUUGUAUAUUCAUAUUUGUUCCCACCAUUUGUGAUUACAAAGACAUAAAAGUUAUGUGGAAAAUAUGUUUAGUUUUUGUAAUGGGGUCCACCUUUCACUUUUAUGGGGUACACUGGGCCAUGCAUGCAUAGCUGGGGCACACUGGGACAUGUCCCACUAUGCCCCCAAAAUAAUUUUCUCAAAUAAUUUGAUGAUUUUUUUCAUUGUUUUAUUUUACUUUAUUUCAUUUCAUUAUUUUAUUUUAUUUUGUUUUAAUUUCAGGCCUUUAAAAAAAAAAUUGUUUUGUUUUGUUUUGUUGCUAUUAAUUGUUAUGGUCUAUUUUCAGUUUACAAUGGUCCGAAACAGGCAGAGAAAGACUAACAUUGGAAUGGUGGAUGAGAAAACAAUGGCAAUGGCGGUGAAUGCUGUUUCUAAUAGGAGUUCCAUAUGACAAACUGCCUCAAAAUACAAUAUUGCUAGACAAACAUUAUGUCGAUACGUUUCAAGAACAAAGGCAGCCAUAGCUAACCAUGAACUUCCACGUUUUACACCAAACUACAGUGUAAGAAAGAUAUUCACAGAUGAAGAAGAGAACAUGCUUGUAACUUACUUACUGACAAGCUGUCAAAUGUACUGUGGCCUGUCACCAAAAGAAGUGAGAAUUUUAGCUUUUCAAUUUGGUGAAAAAAAUCAGUCACCCAAGCAGCAGAGAUAGUCAACCCUUCUACAAGUGAAGCUACCCCAGCCACCCAAGCUACAGAGAUAGUCAACCCUUCUACAAGUGAAGCUACCCCAGCCACCCAAGCUACAGACAGUUAAUUCCCCAAACAUUAAACCUACCCAAACCAAAAAGACAUAUGUAACUAACUCAAUGUAUGUGUUCACCCCACUAAAGCAAAGCAUAGCAGCUAAUAAAACGAGCAAGUUAGUGAGUCCUGAAGAAAUACGACCAUAUCCUAAAGCUGGAGUGAGGAAAGGAAAAGUAGUAAAUAGGAAGCGAGGACGUACUAGAAUUGUUACAGAUACACCAGAAAAAGAGGAAUUAAUGAAAGAACAAGAGAAACAGCUUGCAAAAAAAUCAUUAAAACUGGAGAGUAAAAAGAGAAAGGUGAAACAGCUUUUUUCUCCUGCCAAGAGAAGAGUUCCUGAGAAAUGUGAUCACAGUGGAUCUGAAUCCGACGCCGAAUCAGAUGUGGUUUAUUCUGAAAACAGCGAUGAAGCCAGUCUUAGUGAUCAACGACAUGAUUUAUCAGAUUCCAUAUCUGUAGGAGAUUAUGUUCUUGUAAAGUUUGCCACCAAACGAUCAGUAUUACAUUAUGUUGGUCUGAUAACAAAAGAUGAAGCUGGUGGUGAAUAUGAAGUGAAAUUCUUGAAAUCUAGUACAAAAAGUGGUAAACAGUUUAGAUGGUCUGAACCUGAAGAUGUUUCAUUGGUGAACUCUGAAGACAUAGUAAAGAAAUUGCCCCCACCCUUCACUGUUGGUGGAACGGCAAGAGCCAAGAAACUUUUAAUGUUCUCCACUGAUCUUACCUCGUAUCAUCCACUGUAAGGUAUCCAUGGUCAAGGCACAAGUCUUAAACAAUCAACCCUUAACUCCCCCAAAACAGAACACGAAAUAUAAAACCUCUGAAAACCCACAGCAAAAAACCCUCAAGAAAACUGAAAAUGUUCUGUCAGUUUGUGAGUAGCUUGUUCUUUUCUGGAAAAUGGAUGGUUAUAUUUUAAUAAACAUGUUUCAGUUCACUGAAUUAUUUAUUGUCUUUUAUACAUAAAAUUGUUCAAUCAUCUAACCGAAAUCCUGAUCUAGACUAAGCCAUGUUGCAUAUUUCAAAUUACAUUCUGAUGGUGAAAUAAGCUAACAAGAUCUUCUGAAGCUUAUAAUAAUAUAAAUGGUCAAAUGUCCCAGAGUACCCCGAUGCUUGUCUCAGUGUGCCCCACCCAGGGGUAGAGUGGGACGCAAAAAAUCACGUUGAAACUUAUUCAAGUUUCCAGAUUUCCAGAUAAAUAAUUCAUUUCUAAAAUAUGUUUGUCUAUUCAUUCACUUAAUGCAACCCUUCACACAUGACAACAAAUUAUUCUCACAAGUGAAAUUAUUUUGGAGAUAAAGCAAUUUUUGAAAAAAGUGUCCCACUGUGCCCCGGUCUCCCCUACAUGUAAUUGCCACUAUUGUAUUGUUAAAUGUUAUUAACAGUUAUUUAAUAAGUUAAAAUUUUAAAUUGGUAUAUAUGGCUGCCACAUCUGCAUGUACUGAAUUAAAAACUUAAAUUUCUCUUCUCUUCAAGUGAAUAAGUAUAACUUUUAACAUUGAUGUGGAGGUUUAAUCAAAGAAAUUUAAGAACGUUUGUCUUUAUUGUAUAACUAAAAAUCAGAACAAUAAAAAGUAUAUUUUGUUUUGUUGUUUAUUUACUUAAGAACAAUGUAUUAAAACUAAAUGAAUAUAAUUAUAUACUUUAAAUAAUAACAGAUGUAUAAAUUCAUUGGCCCGAAAACUUCUCCAAUUAUGACCAAUAUCAUACUAAUUUUCCCAAUCUCAUGAGCCAUGGGACCCUGGUGAAACAUCCUGGAUAAAUCCCUGCAUUUGUAAAAUAACUGCAAAUUAUUUAUUGUGUAAUUUGCCAAUCUCAAUUUCAACAUAGCAUCUUAUGUUUAAUUCAUAUAUCAUAUGCAACUAUAUUUGAUUUUAUGAUAAAGUGUUAAAUGUGUUCAAUUCUUGUUCAGUUCUUAUUGUUCUAGGGCUCAUCAUAGCAAACAUCUGUGAUAUUGUAAAAAAGUUGCUAUUUACAAAUUUAUUAUUUUCUUUUAAAUACAAUGUAUUUGAAUUUUGUUAUAUUUUUCUAAUUCAACAUGUACCAUAGUAAAAAUUGAGUCCUUACAUAAUAUGCUAACAAAAUAUUUUCACUUAAUGUGUAAUCGUUUUUAAGAUUUUAAUUUGUGUUUCAUUUUCUUCAAACAAAUAAUAAUUAAAGUUUAUGUAUGACCUGUUACAUUUUCAUUAUUGUUUCAUAUUAUUUUUCUAACCACAACAUUAACAGAACACAGAAAGUGACAAAACCCAAGUUUAAUGGCAAAACAGAUAUUUCUCACACAAUCUCAAGUGAACUUCACUAUACAUUUUCACACCAUCAUUAUUUUUGUUUAUGCAUACAUGCAUACAAGGGCUUUUUUGCCACGGGAUGGAUGAACAGUUACUUAUGGACCUGCAACCACCAUCCCAAGUUGUUCCCACAUGUGGUUUGAUGGUCCUGUAUGCAUCUAUAUGCAAGAUAUGGUCUGGACAAGGAUUUACUGUUAUGUGUAGUAGACUGAAAAGUAGGUCACAGUGACCUAAUAAUAGAAUGCGACACACCGCUAUCCCAAGUUGUUCCUACAUUUGAGGUUUGAUAGUCCUGUAUGCAUUUGUUUGCAAGAUAUGGUCUGGACAAGAAAAAGUUAACAGACUGACUUGUGGACGGACGGACGGACGGACGGACAUCGCCAUACCAUAAUACAACCCAUUAUAGAUGGGUGUAUAAAAAUUGUUGUCUGACUGCUGUGUACACAGACAACAAUCUAUUAUACAGGUACAUGUACCAGCAACACAUGUAAUUAUAUAAAAACUGAAAAUAGUAAUAAAAUAAUACAUGUAGUGCAAUUGUUUCAUUUUGAAAAGAAAACUAGUAAUAAUAUAAUAUAGUAAAUGCACAAUAUGUGAAUUUGCCAUUCAUGGUAAAAUACAACAAACAUGCAUGUUAUUGUAUUGCAAGAGUAAAAAGUAAUGAUAAGUAUGUAUUGUAUGGUUUUACCCCUAUAUGAUUGUUACAGUUAUUGAAGUAGACAACAUAUGUAAACAAAUGGAAAGCAUCAAAGAGUGAUUUUGUUUUUGUAUAUAUUUUUAAAGUUACAGUGUCUGGUUGCCAUAUAAUAAUAUGCACAAAUAUGAAAUACAAGCUCAAAUGCA